GGCCCCAAAGCAACACACGAAAUUAAGCAAGCGCACACACACGCCAGCAUGGCUGCCACCAUGAAGCUGACAAUCACCUUCCUCCUCCUCGUCUCCGGGCUGGUGGUGUUCGGCGACGCCAAGAAGGCGCCGUGCGCCGUGGUGUGCGUCCAGGGAGGGCACAUCACCUGCGACAACUACCCCGGGCAGAAGCUCGACGGGUGCGACUGCCAGUGCGCGCCCAAGGACGGCAAGGGCUGCGUGCUCCACCUCAACAGCGGCUCCACCAACCAGUGCACCACCACGCCGGAGUACUGAGAUGAAUUACAUGCGUUCGUCAUUGCUGGCUUGAGACCGUUCAAUGAAGCUGCAAGUGUGUCGUGGAAUAAGUAAAGUAUAAUGUAAGCUUGUGUCAGUGGAAUAAAUAACGAAAGGAACGCAGUCUGUGGAUCAA